UACCCCCACUGCAUUUGUUUUUAUAUCGAGCACAGUGCACCUCUAGUUCUUAUAGUCGCACAUUUUGCUUGAGGUGUUUUUAAUUCUAAGGAUUAACGACAAAUUAAUCAGGGAUGGACGAUGACAUUUCGCUCCCCGCCGACACCUUGGCUAUCCUUAACGAAUUCCUGUCGGAGCGUUUCAAGCGCGAAGCCGAGGAAGAGAAUCAAAUUGUCAACAAGACCGGGAAAGACGCACACUUCGAGGAAGAUUGGCAAUUAAGUCAGUUCUGGUACAGCACGAAAACUAAACUAAUUUUACGGGAUGUGGUGGGUAAGCUGCUGGCGGAGCAAAAGGCGGGCUCGGCGGGUGGCUUUCAAAUAGCACUCCUCUCCUGCCCCUCGCUAUACAAGGACAUAAGGAGUAUUCAUGAUAAGGUCCAUAUCUUCGAGUUCGAUCAGCGAUUUGAAGCUUACGGCGCAGACUUCGUGCACUACGACCUAAACUGCGUAGGCACCAAUCCGGAUUACCUCAAAGCGCACCACCAAAAGUAUGACCUGGUCGUGGCCGAUCCGCCCUUUCUUUCCGAGGAGUGCAUCGCCAAAACUUGUGAGAUAAUCACCAGGCUGCAGCGCCACCCGACGGAGUGCAAGCUGAUCUUCUGUUCCGGGGAGGUGGUGGAGCCUUGGUUGACUGCCCGCCUGCCCGUGCUCAAGUGCAACUUUAGGCCGGAGCACGAACGCAAUCUGGGAAACGAGUUUGUUAGCUACUCUAACUUCAAUUUAGACGAGUAUAUUGAAAAUAAAUAAGUUGAGGGAUGAA